AUGACGAAGAAUCCGGUCAACCACGGCCGCGCUAAACACAUCGACAUCAAGUACCAUCACAUCCGUGAUGAAGUCAAGCGCGGCGAAGUGAAGCUUGAAUACUGCGAGACGACGUUGAUGUUGGCGGACAUCAUGACGAAGGGACUUCACGGACCGCGUCACAAGGACUUGACGGCGGCGCUUGGCAUCCGUGCGUGUUCGGAUUGA